CUGAUCAAAUAAAGACAGAAGCUAAAGACAAGUGGAUAGAUUCAGGAAGAUUCUCACUGUAUGAUGACACCAAAUCAGCAGAGUUCAGGGUGAUGAUCAGAGAGCUCACUGUACAGGACACUGGGUCGUACCAAUGUGGAGUUGAUAUACAAUCAUGGAGAGACAAUUACAAACAAGUGGAGCUGAAGGUAAAGGAAGAUCUGUCCUAUGAGAAGUCCAUCAGUGAGACUGUCCAUGUAGGACGAGAUUUGAACAUCAGCUGUAAAUACCCAGAAUCCCUCAGGAGUAAUCCCAAGUUUCUCUGCAAGAGUCUACAGUCUGCUAUUUGUUCUCGUAAAGCAAGUGGAACACAUGCAGAUAUAAUGAAAUUUAUCCUGUAUGAUGACGGAGAAGGACAAACCUUAAAUCUCACCCUGAAAAAUCUAACUGAGCGAGACUCUGGUGAAUACUGGUGUGGAGCUGAAGCAGACUGGAAAUCUGAUCAUGGAUACGAGGUUUAUUUCACACAGAUCAACCUGACAGUUACUGCUAUUUCCUCACCACCAGGUACAGUGGUAUCAUCACCAUCAUCACCAUCAUCAUCAUCAUCACCACCAUCAUCAUCACCACCAUCACCAGAAUCAACACCAACUUUUUCUCCAAGCCUUUACGCAGUUUCCAUCGCGCUCACCGUCUUAGUAAAUAUUGUGAUCGGGCUUCUGAUUGGUAGCGGGUGCCUUUUUGUGAUUCUUCGAAUUAAACACAAGAUAGAAGGUACCGUAUACACAUCUACACGCACACACACACACACACACACACACACACACACACACACAAUAACACAUAGCAGACAAUUUGGGAAUGUCAGUUAACCUAACCAGCGUGUUUUUAGACUGUGGGAAGAAACCGGACCUAUAAAUCAAUUAAUUAUACAUAUUGUGGUUUAGGCUGACACUGAGAUUUAGAACAAAUAUUGUGUUGAAUUGGGAAACACACAGAUUUCAGAUCCACCUUUAUGCUUUGGGUCUCUAACAACCAAAGAUGAAACUGAACGAGACUGAGACUGGAUCAUUUUGGAACGCAAAAGAUUGGAUUAAUUUAACUUAUUUUUAUUAACUUAUAAUUUAUUAAAGCAAAAUAUGCUAACUGGCCAACAGUUUCUGUUAGUAUCUUUUGUAUAAUCAUCAUUAUUAACUAGAACUCACCCAACUGGACUGACACAGAGAUGGAAUAAUUAACAAAUGUUGUUCUGAAGUCGGCUAAAAGCACCAACUAUUUAAAUCCCCUUUUUGUGCGAACCAAUCAGAAACAAGA